UCAUAAAACUGAAAGACACUUAACAACAUGUCUAUUAACUUUCCAUCCGAUGCUGUAAGAGAACAAGUGUGAAACCAAUGAAAUGUUUUUGCAUGAUAUGAGCCAUUUCUAAGUCUUUAUCAGAGACAGCUAGAAGGAACAAAGAGCAGUAACCGUGUGUUACAGUGUUGCAUGAUUGCACAAAAAGAAAGAGGAUUAAUUAAGAGCACACCUUAACAGUUUGUGACAUAUAUAUAGACCCUCAUUAUUUAUUAGGUAGCACAGUUACCAAUUCACUUCACUCACAAACAUUAGAAUGUCUUGGUUCCUUGUAAUUCUGUUGCUCAGUCUCACAUGUUCAGAGGCUAGUAGCCAUGACAGCAAGAAGCUUCUACCCUCAGCUGUUGUGGUUGGCACUGUCUACUGUGACACAUGUUCUCAACAGGCUUUCUCCAUGGGCAGCCACUUCAUUUCAGGUGCAUCAGUAGCUGUAGAGUGCAAAGUUGGGAAUUCAAAACCAAGAUUCAAGAAAGAAGUGAAGACAAAUGAGCAUGGGGAAUUCAAAGUGCAGUUGCCUUUCCAUGUGAGGAAACAUGUGAGGAGAAUCAAGGGAUGUACUUUUAAGUUGUUAAGUAGUAGUGAGCCUCACUGUGCUGUGGCCUCAGCUGCUAGUUCUUCUUCUUCACUGAGUCUCAAGUCAAGAAAGCAGGGAGAACACAUAUUCUCAGCUGGAUUUUUCUCAUUCAAGCCUGUGAAAAAGCCAAACCUCUGUAGCCAAAAACAAAGCAGCUCAGGUAAAAUAGUUCCUGACCCUGAAGAUUUCUUUUUCUUUCCUCCAAUCCCAUUUUUUCCACCUCCUCUUAUCCCUAACCCAUUUCAGCCACCAUUAGUCCCUAACCCCUUUCAGCCACCACCAUUAAUCCCCAACCCGUUUCAGCCACCUCCUCUAAUUCCUAAUCCUUUUCAACCAAGUCCACCACCACUCUUACCUAACCCAUUCCAGCCACCAAGUCCACCACCACUCUUCCCUAAUCCAUUUCAACCACCAAGUCCACCACCACUUAUUCCUAAUCCAUUUCAGCCACCACCAAGUCCACCACCAUUUAUCCCUAACCCAUUCCAGCCUCCCCCAUCAAAGCAACCACCUUCACCUUUGUUUCCUUUCCCACCAAUAGUAAUACCAGGUUUAACUCCACCACCACCACCACCUCCUCCACCACCAUUUUUCCCUCCUUUCCCUCCAUUGUUCCCUCCACUUUUCCCUCCACCUGGCAGGCCUCCUAUUUCAACAAAGAAUUCUUCCCCUUGAUCAAGUGUGUGUUUGGAAUUCGUCUAUAGUCGAUUCUAAAAUCAGAAUCAAUUCUUAGGAGAAGUUUGUAUAAGUAUCUUAGGAGAAGUUUGUAUAAGUAGCAUAUAUCAAUGUACAAUUUAUCUACUUUAUGAUAUAAUUAGCUGAACAUGGGGAUGGAUAUACAGCAUUUAUAGUAAUAAUUAGUAAUAAAUAUAUGGAUAUAAGCUCAUCUUAGAGCUUAUCUUGUAAAAGUCUUGCUAUUUGUGUAAUUUGUAUCAUGAAAUUGUUUUAGAAAUGCAGAGUUUGAGCUUAUGUUGAAA